AUGCGACUCAAACAAGAAUUGGGCCAUUUCUUCCUGUUUCUGGUGAGUUUUCUUGCAUUCUCGCUGGCAACAGAAACAACCACAACUUCUAAAUUAGGUUGGUAUUAUCAAUAUCCUGAGACAUAUUCCACUAGUCUUUCUUAUACUACAAAUUUUGUUAUAUUUGUAACUACUAUUACAAUAUUAUAUGUUCAUACACCAAUUUUUACAACAGGAACUACAACCACUUACUUUAAUCCUAUUGUCCCAACUAGGUCAUUAUCUUUAAUAGUUACAAAGACAACCGAUCAAUAUGGUAAUGAUGUUUAUGAAACAACUACGGUUAUAUACUAUCCAAUCUUAACAUCUCAAGCAACUGUUACUACAAGAAGGUUUAUGGUAUCAAGUUACACAUCUACUUUUUCAACUUUGUAUAAUACUAUUGUUGGAGACGAUGGUUCAACAACAACAGAUAUCACAUACUUCAUUGCCAUUCCAGAUGCACUUUACAAGGCUACAACUAUUGAAGGUUGGACUGGUAAUUCAAAAUGGACUCAUGCUACUUCCACUGUUGUUACUACAGGUAAUGAUGGGACUUUAACAACUGGUACUGUUUAUUACGUCUAUACUACAAGAAAUGCAGGUUUAACUACAUUUGUUCCAUGGACUGGAACCUAUACAACCUUCUAUUCUACCGGUUUGACCUCAUUUGGUGGGAUUAUUGGUGUUGGUCAAACCACCUCUACUUUGUACUGGGUUUAUACACCUGCUCGUCUUACCACCAUUCCCUGGACUACAUGGAGUUCAAUCGAUUACACAACAACGUGGUCCACAAAAUUUGAUACUUAUGUCGGGUUAGAUGGUGAAUCGACUACAGAUGUAAUUUAUUUAAUUGCAACCCCAGUACGUCGUUAUACCUCUACAAUAUCAACCACAAGACCCUUUAGUGCAGCCUAUACAUCAACUUAUUCAACCUUGUAUAAUACAAUUGUAGAUGAAAAUGGAAAUGUCACUACAGAAACCACUUAUUAUGUGGCUAUCCCCACAAACUUCUUGCAAUCGACAACUACUGAGGGAUGGACAGGGAAUUAUUUAUGGACCCAUACUACCUCAACAAUCGUGACCACAGGUGUCGACGGGAUUAAAACAACAGGCUCAGUCUAUUAUGUUUUUACCACCAGAAAUAAGGGUAUUCAAGUCACAGCUGCUUGGACUGGUACGUAUACCACCUAUUACAGAACAGCAGUUAGCUAUGAUGUUCUUUUUGGAGUCACUUUGGGUACCACAACCUAUUAUUAUAUAUAUAUUCCAAGCUAUGCUGUUUCUGAAACAAGAACAACAUACGGAACUUAUGCGUACACAACCACUUAUUCUACAGGAAUGAUUUCAUAUACUGAUAUUGAUGGAAAUGUAACCACCGAAUAUAUCUUUUCUGUUUAUACACCUAUCCGUCGAAAAACGGGAACUCAUCUCACUGAGGCAGACAUAGGUGGGACUGUUUGCUCGACUUAUGAAACAAUGUUCAGCACUACAACCGAUAAAGAUGGAAAUGAAACAACAAUAACCACAUAUUAUGUUGCUGUACCAACAGCUCUCUACAAGACUACUACAACUGCACCUUGGAAUGGGUUUUAUACCGUUACUUAUUCCGAAGGUUACACAACGGUUUUAGGUAAUGAUUUACGUUUCACCGUAAAGACCAUUUAUUAUGUCGAAACACCAUUUCCAUGGGGUUAUUAUAUUACCAAUCCUUGGACGGGUAGUUACACCACCUAUUCACAAGACGGAUAUAAAUUAGCUUUCGGCUUCUUCUUGAUAUUUUUCGGUCUAUGGCUUUAUCCAUUGUAUUAUCUUUCCACACCGAUCAGGGCAACGUCGUUUACUGCCUAUACUAGUGCAUGGGAUCUUAACUAUAGCUCUACAUCUUUGAAAACGAGUACUGUUAUUGGGUUUGAUGGUGAAGAAACAACUGAAACUAUUUACUAUCUAUUUACUCCUGCCCCAACUAUAACAAGUACUUUAUACUUCCAAGGUGAUUUUGGAUUUCUUCAAACAACAACCUUCUUAACCCGGACGACAGCAUUCGGUUAUGAUUAUGAUUAUACAUGGGAAAUUUUGUAUUAUGUGUCAUUACCACUCAACGCUGCCAAAUCAACAACGUUGAUACCUUGGACAGGAAUUUACGUUUCUACCAAGUCUAUUAUAACUUCUAUCACAACCGAUUCAGAAGGUAUCCGCUCUACAGUUACUAUUUACAUAGUUGAAACACCUUCGUUAGCUCCAACUACAAAAUAUUUAGCAUGGACUGGUUCAUAUUCAUCAAUUUUGACAACAAGUGUAUAUACGACAUUUGCCAACAUCGAUAAUCUGUUGGCCUCCUGGACUCUAACGGUUAUUGUUAUUGAAACUCCAAUACGCCGUUCCACAGUAUAUGAGAACACUUAUUGGACUGGCUCAGUCUCUACUACAUAUGAUUCUAAAAUUUAUACUACCACCAAUUUUAUGGGGGAUGCAACUACUGUCACAGUAUAUUUCGUCCGUACUCCUACAAAGGUCGCCUACUCAACAGUUCUCUACCCAUUAUCUGGUAGUUCUACUGCCACAACAUUCUCAACUGUAAUCACAACUUUGCAAGGUAAAGACGGUAUUGAAACCACUGAAACAAUUUACUUUGUGGCUGUUCCUACAAGUGCAGGUGCUACGACCAUCUUUUCGUCUUGGGAUAAGCCCUAUAUUACAAUAUUAUCGACUUCUAUUUCUAGAGGAUUAUUGGACACAAUGACGUAUUAUUACAUUGUAACCCCAAUCGAAACAGGUGAACUAUCGUAUGUUCCUUGGGGUGGUGAUUACACUUCUACAUUUUUGACUACCGUGACUACAAGUUAUGGUUAUUCGAGCACAUUCCUUGGUCUUUGGACGAAGACAAUAUAUCUAGUAGAAACUCCUAUAAGGGCCACGACUAUUACGAGAAUCACUCCCUGGGAUCAAAAGGGGACAUUCACUUACUCCACUGUGUUUACAACCAUAAAAGGCACAGAUGGUAAUGAAACCACUGAAAUUGUUUAUUUUGUAUAUACCCCUUAUCGUGCAACAACAAUCACUAGUACAUCAGGUUGGCAAUUACCAUAUGUUUCCACCUUCAGUAUUCUUUAUUCAACAUUUACAGGUUCAGAUGGUAUAGAAUCAACAGAGAUUAUCUAUAUUGUAGGUUCACCUCUUCCUGAAUUUACUUCAACCAGUUAUACCGCUUGGUCAAACGAAGAUUCCCUAACCUUUUCUACACUAGUGACCACUUAUACAAAUAGCUAUGAUGUUGUUAUAACGGAAACAGUAUAUUUAGUGAAUACACCCUACCGUUUUUAUACUACCACAAGCUAUAUCAUUAAUACAGAGCUAACUACUGGUAGUACUGUUUCUACUCUUGUAACAACCGUAACAGACAAUAGCGGAAACGAAACUACGGAAACGACCUAUAUUGUUGAACAACCCGUAUAUGAAACAAUUUCUACCUCCUAUGCUCCAUGGAUGAAUGAACAUUCAUUUACCUAUUCUACCCGGGAAGAAAAGAUUACAGACAAACUUGGAAAUUUGGUGACUGAAACGAUAUAUUUUGUAUUUACACCUAUUCGUGCUUCCACCUCCACCAAUAUUACAUACUGGGAUGGCAUGACCACCACUUACUCAACAGAAACAACAAUUUUCACUGACGGAGAUGGAAAUGAAACGACUGAAACAAUUUAUUAUGUCAGAACACCUAGAAGAAUGUCUUCAUCUACUAAAUUUUCUUUUUGGUCAGUGAAGAAGAUCUCUACAUUCUCAACUCAGAUAACUAUUUUUACCAACGAAGAUGGUUAUGAAUUUACAGAGACAAUUUUCUAUGUAUACAAACCGCAAUUACUUUCAACAAUUACCAGUUAUAUCGGGGGUUCUGGACAUGUACAUUCAACGAUCUUAACACAUAUUGCGACUAUUACUGGCACAGAUGGAUUUGAAACAAUUGAGACAAUUUAUAUUGUAGAAACUCCAUUUGGUGAAAUUUCUUCAAUGUAUAAUUCUACUUCUGAAUUAAGCUCAAUCGAGACCAGCUCUGCUGAACAAUCUGAAUUCUACAACUCUACUUCUCAAUUCAGCUCAAUCGAGACCAGCUCUGCUGAACAAUCUGAAUUCCACAACUCUACUUCUCAAUUAAGCUCAAUCGAGACCAGCUCUGCUGAACAAUCUGAAUUCCACAACUCUACUUCUCAAUUCAGCUCAAUCGAGACCAGCUCUGCUGAACAAUCUGAAUUCCACAACUCUACUUCUCAAUUCAGCUCAGUUGAGACCAGCUCUGCUGAACAAUCUGAAUUCUACAACUCUACUUCUCAAUUCAGCUCAGUUGAGACCAGCUCUGCUGAACAAUCUGAAUUCCACAACUCUACUUCUGAAUUAAGCUCAAUCGAGACCAGCUCUGCUGAACAAUCUGAAUUCCACAACUCUACUUCUCAAUUCAGCUCAGUUGAGACCAGCUCUGCUGAACAAUCUGAAUUCCACAACUCUACUUCUGAAUUAAGCUCAAUCGAGACCAGCUCUGCUGAACAAUCUGAAUUCCACAACUCUACUUCUCAAUUCAGCUCAAUCGAGACCAGCUCUGCUGAACAAUCUGAAUUCCACAACUCUACUUCUGAAUUAAGCUCAAUCGAGACCAGCUCUGCUGAACAAUCUGAAUUCCACAACUCUACUUCUCAAUUAAGCUCAAUCGAGACCAGCUCUGCUGAACAAUCUGAAUUCCACAACUCUACUUCUCAAUUCAGCUCAGUUGAGACCAGCUCUGCUGAACAAUCUGAAUUCUACAACUCUACUUCUCAAUUCAGCUCAGUUGAGACCAGCUCUGCUGAACAAUCUGAAUUCCACAACUCUACUUCUGAAUUAAGCUCAAUCGAGACCAGCUCUGCUGAACAAUCUGAAUUCCACAACUCUACUUCUCAAUUCAGCUCAAUCGAGACCAGCUCUGCUGAACAAUCUGAAUUCCACAACUCUACUUCUCAAUUAAGCUCAAUCGAGACCAGCUCUGCUGAACAAUCUGAAUUCUACAACUCUACUUCUCAAUUCAGCUCAGUUGAGACCAGCUCUGCUGAACAAUCUGAAUUCCACAACUCUACUUCUGAAUUAAGCUCAAUCGAGACCAGCUCUGCUGAACAAUCUGAAUUCCACAACUCUACUUCUCAAUUAAGCUCAAUCGAGACCAGCUCUGCUGAACAAUCUGAAUUCCACAACUCUACUUCUCAAUUCAGCUCAGUUGAGACCAGCUCUGCUGAACAAUCUGAAUUCUACAACUCUACUUCUCAAUUCAGCUCAGUUGAGACCAGCUCUGCUGAACAAUCUGAAUUCCACAACUCUACUUCUGAAUUAAGCUCAAUCGAGACCAGCUCUGCUGAACAAUCUGAAUUCCACAACUCUACUUCUCAAUUAAGCUCAAUCGAGACCAGCUCUGCUGAACAAUCUGAAUUCCACAACUCUACUUCUCAAUUCAGCUCAGUUGAGACCAGCUCUGCUGAACAAUCUGAAUUCUACAACUCUACUUCUCAAUUCAGCUCAAUCGAGACCAGCUCUGCUGAACAAUCUGAAUUCCACAACUCUACUUCUGAAUUAAGCUCAAUCGAGACCAGCUCUGCUGAACAAUCUGAAUUCCACAACUCUACUUCUCAAUUCAGCUCAAUCGAGACCAGCUCUGCUGAACAAUCUGAAUUCUACAACUCUACUUCUCAAUUCAGCUCAGUUGAGACCAGCUCUGCUGAACAAUCUGAAUUCCACAACUCUACUUCUGAAUUAAGCUCAAUCGAGACCAGCUCUGCUGAACAAUCUGAAUUCCACAACUCUACUUCUGAAUUAAGCUCAAUCGAGACCAGCUCUGCUGAACAAUCUGAAUUCCACAACUCUACUUCUCAAUUCAGCUCAAUCGAGACCAGCUCUGCUGAACAAUCUGAAUUCCACAACUCUACUUCUCAAUUAAGCUCAAUCGAGACCAGCUCUGCUGAACAAUCUGAAUUCCACAACUCUACUUCUGAAUUAAGCUCAAUCGAGACCAGCUCUGCUGAACAAUCUGAAUUCCACAACUCUACUUCUCAAUUCAGCUCAAUCGAGACCAGCUCUGCUGAACAAUCUGAAUUCCACAACUCUACUUCUCAAUUCAGCUCAAUCGAGACCAGCUCUGCUGAACAAUCUGAAUUCCACAACUCUACUUCUCAAUUCAGCUCAGUUGAGACCAGCUCUGCUGAACAAUCUGAAUUCUACAACUCUACUUCUCAAUUCAGCUCAGUUGAGACCAGCUCUGCUGAACAAUCUGAAUUCCACAACUCUACUUCUGAAUUAAGCUCAAUCGAGACCAGCUCUGCUGAACAAUCUGAAUUCCACAACUCUACUUCUGAAUUAAGCUCAAUCGAGACCAGCUCUGCUGAACAAUCUGAAUUCCACAACUCUACUUCUCAAUUAAGCUCAAUCGAGACCAGCUCUGCUGAACAAUCUGAAUUCCACAACUCUACUUCUCAAUUCAGCUCAGUUGAGACCAGCUCUGCUGAACAAUCUGAAUUCUACAACUCUACUUCUCAAUUCAGCUCAGUUGAGACCAGCUCUGCUGAACAAUCUGAAUUCCACAACUCUACUUCUGAAUUAAGCUCAAUCGAGACCAGCUCUGCUGAACAAUCUGAAUUCCACAACUCUACUUCUCAAUUCAGCUCAAUCGAGACCAGCUCUGCUGAACAAUCUGAAUUCCACAACUCUACUUCUCAAUUAAGCUCAAUCGAGACCAGCUCUGCUGAACAAUCUGAAUUCCACAACUCUACUUCUCAAUUCAGCUCAAUCGAGACCAGCUCUGCUGAACAAUCUGAAUUCCACAACUCUACUUCUGAAUUAAGCUCAAUCGAGACCAGCUCUGCUGAACAAUCUGAAUUCCACAACUCUACUUCUCAAUUCAGCUCAAUCGAGACCAGCUCUGCUGAACAAUCUGAAUUCCACAACUCUACUUCUCAAUUAAGCUCAAUCGAGACCAGCUCUGCUGAACAAUCUGAAUUCCACAACUCUACUUCUGAAUUAAGCUCAAUCGAGACCAGCUCUGCUGAACAAUCUGAAUUCCACAACUCUACUUCUCAAUUCAGCUCAAUCGAGACCAGCUCUGCUGAACAAUCUGAAUUCCACAACUCUACUUCUGAAUUAAGCUCAAUCGAGACCAGCUCUGCUGAACAAUCUGAAUUCCACAACUCUACUUCUCAAUUCAGCUCAAUCGAGACCAGCUCUGCUGAACAAUCUGAAUUCCACAACUCUACUUCUGAAUUAAGCUCAAUCGAGACCAGCUCUGCUGAACAAUCUGAAUUCCACAACUCUACUUCUGAAUUAAGCUCAAUCGAGACCAGCUCUGCUGAACAUGAUACAAUAACGUAUACAAUUGAACACACCUCCAGAUCUUCCGAGGAAUCAUUGGAAGUUUCCACUUUCACCACUACAGACUCUGAAGGUAACGUUUCCACCGGUACCACCACUUACCCAGUUGAACACACCUCCAGAUCUUCUGAGGAAUCAUUGGAAGUUUCCACUUUCACCACUACAGACUCUGAAGGUAACGUUUCCACCGGCACCACCACUUACCCAGUUGAACACACCUCCAGAUCUUCUGAGGAAUCAUUGGAAGUUUCCACUUUCACCACUACAGACUCUGAAGGUAACGUUUCCACCGGCACCACCACUUACCCAGUUGAACACACCUCCAGAUCUUCUGAGGAAUCGUUAGAAGUUUCCACUUUCACCACUACAGACUCUGAAGGUAACGUUUCCACCGGCACCACCACUUACCCAGUUGAACACACCUCCAGAUCUUCUGAGGAAUCAUUGGAAGUUUCCACUUUCACCACUACAGACUCUGAAGGUAACGUUUCCACCGGUACCACCACUUACCCAGUUGAACACACCUCCAGAUCUUCUGAGGAAUCGUUAGAAGUUUCCACUUUCACCACUACAGACUCUGAAGGUAACGUUUCCACCGGUACCACUACUUACCCAGUUGAACACACCUCCAGAUCUUCUGAGGAAUCAUUGGAAGUUUCCACUUUCACCACUACAGACUCUGAAGGUAACGUUUCCACCGGCACCACCACUUACCCAGUUGAACACACCUCCAGAUCUUCUGAGGAAUCGUUAGAAGUUUCCACUUUCACCACUACAGACUCUGAAGGUAACGUUUCCACCGGCACCACCACUUACCCAGUUGAACACACCUCCAGAUCUUCUGAGGAAUCGUUAGAAGUUUCCACUUUCACCACUACAGAUUCUGAAGGUAACGUUUCCACCGGCACCACCACUUACCCAGUUGAACACACCUCCAGAUCUUCUGAGGAAUCAUUGGAAGUUUCCACUUUCACCACUACAGACUCUGAAGGUAAUGUGUCCACUGGCACCACUACUUACCCAGUUGAGCACACCUCCAGAUCAUCUGAGGAAUCAUUGGAAGUAUCCACUUUCACUACCACAGAUUCUGAGGGUAAUGUGUCCACUGGCACCACUACUUACCCAGUUGAGCACACCUCCAGAUCUUCUGAGGAAUCGUUAGAAGUUUCCACUUUCACCACUACAGACUCUGAAGGUAACGUUUCCACCGGCACCACCACUUACCCAGUUGAACACACCUCCAGAUCUUCUGAGGAAUCAUUGGAAGUUUCCACUUUCACCACUACAGACUCUGAAGGUAACGUUUCCACCGGUACCACUACUUACCCAGUUGAACACACCUCCAGAUCUUCUGAGGAAUCAUUGGAAGUUUCCACUUUCACCACUACAGACUCUGAAGGUAACGUUUCCACCGGCACCACCACUUACCCAGUUGAACACACCUCCAGAUCUUCUGAGGAAUCGUUAGAAGUUUCCACUUUCACCACUACAGACUCUGAAGGUAACGUUUCCACCGGCACCACCACUUACCCAGUUGAACACACCUCCAGAUCUUCUGAGGAAUCAUUGGAAGUUUCCACUUUCACCACUACAGACUCUGAAGGUAACGUCUCCACCGGCACCACCACUUACCCAGUUGAACACACCUCCAGAUCUUCUGAGGAAUCAUUGGAAGUUUCCACUUUCACCACUACAGACUCUGAAGGUAACGUCUCCACCGGCACCACCACUUACCCAGUUGAACACACCUCCAGAUCUUCUGAGGAAUCGUUAGAAGUUUCCACUUUCACCACUACAGAUUCUGAAGGUAACGUUUCCACCGGUACCACUACUUACCCAGUUGAACACACCUCCAGAUCUUCUGAGGAAUCAUUGGAAGUUUCCACUUUCACCACUACAGACUCUGAAGGUAACGUUUCCACCGGUACCACCACUUACCCAGUUGAACACACCUCCAGAUCUUCUGAGGAAUCAUUGGAAGUUUCCACUUUCACCACUACAGACUCUGAAGGUAACGUUUCCACCGGCACCACCACUUACCCAGUUGAACACACCUCCAGAUCUUCUGAGGAAUCAUUGGAAGUUUCCACUUUCACCACUACAGACUCUGAAGGUAACGUUUCCACCGGUACCACCACUUACCCAGUUGAACACACCUCCAGAUCUUCUGAGGAAUCGUUAGAAGUUUCCACUUUCACCACUACAGACUCUGAAGGUAACGUUUCCACCGGUACCACUACUUACCCAGUUGAACACACCUCCAGAUCUUCUGAGGAAUCAUUGGAAGUUUCCACUUUCACCACUACAGACUCUGAAGGUAACGUUUCCACCGGCACCACCACUUACCCAGUUGAACACACCUCCAGAUCUUCUGAGGAAUCGUUAGAAGUUUCCACUUUCACCACUACAGAUUCUGAAGGUAACGUUUCCACCGGCACCACCACUUACCCAGUUGAACACACCUCCAGAUCUUCUGAGGAAUCAUUGGAAGUUUCCACUUUCACCACUACAGACUCUGAAGGUAAUGUGUCCACUGGCACCACUACUUACCCAGUUGAGCACACCUCCAGAUCUUCUGAGGAAUCGUUAGAAGUUUCCACUUUCACCACUACAGAUUCUGAAGGUAACGUUUCCACCGGCACCACUACUUACCCAGUUGAAGACACCUCCAGAUCUUCUGAGGAAUCAUUGGAAGUAUCCACUUUCACUACCACAGAUUCUGAGGGUAAUGUGUCCACUGGCACCACUACUUACCCAGUUGAACACACCUCCAGAUCUUCUGAGGAAUCGUUAGAAGUUUCCACUUUCACCACUACAGACUCUGAAGGUAACGUUUCCACCGGUACCACUACUUACCCAGUUGAACACACCUCCAGAUCUUCUGAGGAAUCAUUGGAAGUUUCCACUUUCACCACUACAGACUCUGAAGGUAACGUUUCCACCGGCACCACCACUUACCCAGUUGAACACACCUCCAGAUCUUCUGAGGAAUCGUUAGAAGUUUCCACUUUCACCACUACAGACUCUGAAGGUAACGUUUCCACCGGCACCACCACUUACCCAGUUGAACACACCUCCAGAUCUUCUGAGGAAUCGUUAGAAGUUUCCACUUUCACCACUACAGACUCUGAAGGUAACGUUUCCACCGGCACCACCACUUACCCAGUUGAACACACCUCCAGAUCUUCUGAGGAAUCAUUGGAAGUUUCCACUUUCACCACUACAGACUCUGAAGGUAACGUUUCCACCGGCACCACCACUUACCCAGUUGAACACACCUCCAGAUCUUCUGAGGAAUCAUUGGAAGUUUCCACUUUCACCACUACAGACUCUGAAGGUAACGUUUCCACCGGUACCACCACUUACCCAGUUGAACACACCUCCAGAUCUUCUGAGGAAUCGUUAGAAGUUUCCACUUUCACCACUACAGACUCUGAAGGUAACGUUUCCACCGGUACCACUACUUACCCAGUUGAACACACCUCCAGAUCUUCUGAGGAAUCGUUAGAAGUUUCCACUUUCACCACUACAGACUCUGAAGGUAACGUUUCCACCGGUACCACCACUUACCCAGUUGAACACACCUCCAGAUCUUCUGAGGAAUCGUUAGAAGUUUCCACUUUCACCACUACAGAUUCUGAAGGUAACGUUUCCACCGGCACCACUACUUACCCAGUUGAACACACCUCCAGAUCUUCUGAGGAAUCAUUGGAAGUUUCCACUUUCACCACUACAGAUUCUGAAGGUAACGUUUCCACCGGCACCACUACUUACCCAGUUGAACACACCUCCAGAUCUUCUGAGGAAUCAUUGGAAGUUUCCACUUUCACCACUACAGACUCUGAAGGUAACGUUUCCACCGGUACCACCACUUACCCAGUUGAACACACCUCCAGAUCUUCUGAGGAAUCGUUAGAAGUUUCCACUUUCACCACUACAGAUUCUGAAGGUAACGUUUCCACCGGCACCACCACUUACCCAGUUGAACACACCUCCAGAUCUUCUGAGGAAUCAUUGGAAGUUUCCACUUUCACCACUACAGACUCUGAAGGUAAUGUGUCCACUGGCACCACUACUUACCCAGUUGAGCACACCUCCAGAUCAUCUGAGGAAUCAUUGGAAGUAUCCACUUUCACUACCACAGAUUCUGAGGGUAAUGUGUCCACUGGCACCACUACUUACCCAGUUGAGCACACCUCCAGAUCUUCUGAGGAAUCGUUAGAAGUUUCCACUUUCACCACUACAGACUCUGAAGGUAACGUUUCCACCGGCACCACCACUUACCCAGUUGAACACACCUCCAGAUCUUCUGAGGAAUCAUUGGAAGUUUCCACUUUCACCACUACAGACUCUGAAGGUAACGUUUCCACCGGUACCACUACUUACCCAGUUGAACACACCUCCAGAUCUUCUGAGGAAUCAUUGGAAGUUUCCACUUUCACCACUACAGACUCUGAAGGUAACGUUUCCACCGGCACCACUACUUACCCAGUUGAACACACCUCCAGAUCUUCUGAGGAAUCGUUAGAAGUUUCCACUUUCACCACUACAGACUCUGAAGGUAACGUUUCCACCGGUACCACUACUUACCCAGUUGAACACACCUCCAGAUCUUCUGAGGAAUCAUUGGAAGUUUCCACUUUCACCACUACAGACUCUGAAGGUAACGUUUCCACCGGCACCACCACUUACCCAGUUGAACACACCUCCAGAUCUUCUGAGGAAUCGUUAGAAGUUUCCACUUUCACCACUACAGACUCUGAAGGUAACGUUUCCACCGGCACCACCACUUACCCAGUUGAACACACCUCCAGAUCUUCUGAGGAAUCAUUGGAAGUUUCCACUUUCACCACUACAGACUCUGAAGGUAACGUUUCCACCGGUACCACCACUUACCCAGUUGAACACACCUCCAGAUCUUCUGAGGAAUCGUUAGAAGUUUCCACUUUCACCACUACAGAUUCUGAAGGUAACGUUUCCACCGGCACCACCACUUACCCAGUUGAACACACCUCCAGAUCUUCUGAGGAAUCAUUGGAAGUUUCCACUUUCACCACUACAGACUCUGAAGGUAAUGUGUCCACUGGCACCACUACUUACCCAGUUGAGCACACCUCCAGAUCAUCUGAGGAAUCAUUGGAAGUAUCCACUUUCACUACCACAGAUUCUGAGGGUAAUGUGUCCACUGGCACCACUACUUACCCAGUUGAGCACACCUCCAGAUCAUCUGAGGAAUCAUUGGAAGUAUCCACUUUCAGUACCACAGAUUCUGAGGGUAAUGUGUCCACUGGCACCACUACUUACCCAGUUGAGCACACCUCCAGAUCUUCUGAGGAAUCAUUGGAAGUUUCCACUUUCACCACUACAGACUCUGAAGGUAACGUUUCCACCGGCACCACUACUUACCCAGUUGAACACACCUCCAGAUCUUCUGAGGAAUCAUUGGAAGUUUCCACUUUCACCACUACAGACUCUGAAGGUAACGUUUCCACCGGUACCACCACUUACCCAGUUGAACACACCUCCAGAUCUUCUGAGGAAUCAUUAGAGAUGUCUAAUUUGAGUAUUAUAGUUUCACAAACUAAGGGUUUUAGUGAGUCUUUAUUUUUGUCGGUUUCACAUGGAUUGGUAUUUAGUUCUGGUCCUUAUGAUUCCUCAUUUAGGGAAGUAAUAGUUUCUAAUAGUAAAGCUAUUUCCGGAUCAUUUGGAAUAAGUGAAUCUUCUACUGAAAUUGUUUCGUCUAAUUUAGAUAAGUCUAUCAUAUCAUAUGCGUCAGUUGGCUAUUAUAAUUCCUCACAACCAGAAUCAAGUACUUUAACUGCUACUAGUUACUCUAAAAUGCCAAGCAGUUGUACUUCAUAUACAACUAAGUUAAGCAUCUAUAACAGUAUUAAUGCUGACAUCAAGGUAACAACUAGAACGAUAACAAGUGGAACUAUUUCACUAACCAGUAGUACCAUAUCACUCACGGGUAAAUAUACAUCAGUAACUAGUACUUUGAUGUUAGGCACCAGCUCAUUCUCAAUAAAUUACGCUGUCACCUCUUCUGGUGUUCCAGCUCCAGUCACUACAGUUGUAUCCUCUGGUAGCCACACCGAAACCGACGUCAUCUCUUUCUACACCACUACCGACUCUGAAGGUGAAGUCGUUACCACUUCUACCACCUACCCAGUCACCUCUUCUGGUGUUCCAGCUCCAGUCACUACUGUUGUAUCCUCUGGUAGCCACACCGAAACCGACGUCAUCUCUUUCUACACCACUACCGACUCUGAAGGUGAAGUCGUUACCACUUCUACCACCUACCCAGUCACCUCAUCAGGUGUUCCAGCUCCAGUCACUACUGUUGUAUCCUCUGGUAGCCACACCGAAACCGAUGUCAUCUCUUUCUACACCACUACCGACUCUGAAGGUGAAGUCGUUACCACUUCUACCACCUACCCAGUCACCUCUUCUGGUGUUCCAGCUCCAGUCACUACAGUUGUAUCCUCUGGUAGCCACACCGAAACUGAUGUCAUCUCUUUCUACACCACUACCGACUCUGAAGGUGAAGUCGUUACCACUUCUACCACCUACCCAGUCACCUCAUCAGGUGUUCCAGCUCCAGUCACUACUGUUGUAUCCUCUGGUAGCCACACCGAAACCGAUGUCAUCUCUUUCUACACCACUACCGACUCUGAAGGUGAAGUCGUUACCACUUCUACCACCUACCCAGUCACCUCAUCAGGUGUUCCAGCUCCAGUCACUACUGUUGUAUCCUCUGGUAGCCACACCGAAACCGAUGUCAUCUCUUUCUACACCACUACCGACUCUGAAGGUGAAGUCGUUACCACUUCUACCACCUACCCAGUCACCUCUUCUGGUGUUCCAGCUCCAGUCACUACAGUUGUAUCCUCUGGUAGCCACACCGAAACUGAUGUAAUCUCUUUCUACACCACUACCGACUCUGAAGGUGAAGUCGUUACCACUUCUACCACCUACCCAGUCACCUCAUCAGGUGUUCCAGCUCCAGUCACUACUGUUGUAUCCUCUGGUAGCCACACCGAAACCGACGUCAUCUCUUUCUACACCACUACCGACUCUGAAGGUGAAGUCGUUACCACUUCUACCACCUACCCAGUCACCUCAUCAGGUGUUCCAGCUCCAGUCACUACUGUUGUAUCCUCUGGUAGCCACACCGAAACCGAUGUCAUCUCUUUCUACACCACUACCGACUCUGAAGGUGAAGUCGUUACCACUUCUACCACCUACCCAGUCACCUCAUCAGGUGUUCCAGCUCCAGUCACUACUGUUGUAUCCUCUGGUAGCCACACCGAAACCGAUGUCAUCUCUUUCUACACCACUACCGACUCUGAAGGUGAAGUCGUUACCACUUCUACCACCUACCCAGUCACCUCUUCUGGUGUUCCAGCUCCAGUCACUACUGUUGUAUCCUCUGGUAGCCACACCGAAACUGAUGUCAUCUCUUUCUACACCACUACCGACUCUGAAGGUGAAGUCGUUACCACUUCUACCACCUACCCAGUCACCUCUUCUGGUGUUCCAGCUCCAGUCACUACUGUUGUAUCCUCUGGUAGCCACACCGAAACCGAUGUCAUCUCUUUCUACACCACUACCGACUCUGAAGGUGAAGUCGUUACCACUUCUACCACCUACCCAGUCACCUCAUCAGGUGUUCCAGCUCCAGUCACUACUGUUGUAUCCUCUGGUAGCCACACCGAAACCGACGUCAUCUCUUUCUACACCACUACCGACUCUGAAGGUGAAGUCGUUACCACUUCUACCACCUACCCAGUCACCUCAUCAGGUGUUCCAGCUCCAGUCACUACUGUUGUAUCCUCUGGUAGCCACACCGAAACCGAUGUCAUCUCUUUCUACACCACUACCGACUCUGAAGGUGAAGUCGUUACCACUUCUACCACCUACCCAGUCACCUCUUCUGGUGUUCCAGCUCCAGUCACUACUGUUGUAUCCUCUGGUAGCCACACCGAAACCGACGUCAUCUCUUUCUACACCACUACCGACUCUGAAGGUGAAGUCGUUACCACUUCUACCACCUACCCAGUCACCUCAUCAGGUGUUCCAGCUCCAGUCACUACUGUUGUAUCCUCUGGUAGCCACACCGAAACCGAUGUCAUCUCUUUCUACACCACUACCGACUCUGAAGGUGAAGUCGUUACCACUUCUACCACCUACCCAGUCACCUCAUCAGGUGUUCCAGCUCCAGUCACUACUGUUGUAUCCUCUGGUAGCCACACCGAAACCGAUGUCAUCUCUUUCUACACCACUACCGACUCUGAAGGUGAAGUCGUUACCACUUCUACCACCUACCCAGUCACCUCUUCUGGUGUUCCAGCUCCAGUCACUACAGUUGUAUCCUCUGGUAGCCACACCGAAACUGAUGUAAUCUCUUUCUACACCACUACCGACUCUGAAGGUGAAGUCGUUACCACUUCUACCACCUACCCAGUCACCUCAUCAGGUGUUCCAGCUCCAGUCACUACUGUUGUAUCCUCUGGUAGCCACACCGAAACCGACGUCAUCUCUUUCUACACCACUACCGACUCUGAAGGUGAAGUCGUUACCACUUCUACCACCUACCCAGUCACCUCAUCAGGUGUUCCAGCUCCAGUCACUACUGUUGUAUCCUCUGGUAGCCACACCGAAACCGACGUCAUCUCUUUCUACACCACUACCGACUCUGAAGGUGAAGUCGUUACCACUUCUACCACCUACCCAGUCACCUCAUCAGGUGUUCCAGCUCCAGUCACUACUGUUGUAUCCUCUGGUAGCCACACCGAAACCGAUGUCAUCUCUUUCUACACCACUACCGACUCUGAAGGUGAAGUCGUUACCACUUCUACCACCUACCCAGUCACCUCUUCUGGUGUUCCAGCUCCAGUCACUACUGUUGUAUCCUCUGGUAGCCACACCGAAACUGAUGUCAUCUCUUUCUACACCACUACCGACUCUGAAGGUGAAGUCGUUACCACUUCUACCACCUACCCAGUCACCUCUUCUGGUGUUCCAGCUCCAGUCACUACUGUUGUAUCCUCUGGUAGCCACACCGAAACCGAUGUCAUCUCUUUCUACACCACUACCGACUCUGAAGGUGAAGUCGUUACCACUUCUACCACCUACCCAGUCACCUCAUCAGGUGUUCCAGCUCCAGUCACUACUGUUGUAUCCUCUGGUAGCCACACCGAAACCGACGUCAUCUCUUUCUACACCACUACCGACUCUGAAGGUGAAGUCGUUACCACUUCUACCACCUACCCAGUCACCUCAUCAGGUGUUCCAGCUCCAGUCACUACUGUUGUAUCCUCUGGUAGCCACACCGAAACCGAUGUCAUCUCUUUCUACACCACUACCGACUCUGAAGGUGAAGUCGUUACCACUUCUACCACCUACCCAGUCACCUCUUCUGGUGUUCCAGCUCCAGUCACUACAGUUGUAUCCUCUGGUAGCCACACCGAAACUGAUGUAAUCUCUUUCUACACCACUACCGACUCUGAAGGUGAAGUCGUUACCACUUCUACCACCUACCCAGUCACCUCUUCUGGUGUUCCAGCUCCAGUCACUACUGUUGUAUCCUCUGGUAGCCACACCGAAACCGACGUCAUCUCUUUCUACACCACUACCGACUCUGAAGGUGAAGUCGUUACCACUUCUACCACCUACCCAGUCACCUCUUCUGGUGUUCCAGCUCCAGUCACUACAGUUGUAUCCUCUGGUAGCCACACCGAAACCGAUGUCAUCUCUUUCUACACCACUACCGACUCUGAAGGUGAAGUCGUUACCACUUCUACCACCUACCCAGUCACCUCUUCUGGUGUUCCAGCUCCAGUCACUACUGUUGUAUCCUCUGGUAGCCACACCGAAACCGAUGUCAUCUCUUUCUACACCACUACCGACUCUGAAGGUGAAGUCGUUACCACUUCUACCACCUACCCAGUCACCUCUUCUGGUGUUCCAGCUCCAGUCACUACUGUUGUAUCCUCUGGUAGCCACACCGAAACCGAUGUCAUCUCUUUCUACACCACUACCGACUCUGAAGGUGAAGUCGUUACCACUUCUACCACCUACCCAGUCACCUCAUCAGGUGUUCCAGCUCCAGUCACUACAGUUGUAUCCUCUGGUAGCCACACCGAAACCGAUGUCAUCUCUUUCUACACCACUACCGACUCUGAAGGUGAAGUCGUUACCACUUCUACCACCUACCCAGUCACCUCUUCUGGUGUUCCAGCUCCAGUCACUACAGUUGUAUCCUCUGGUAGCCACACCGAAACCGAUGUCAUCUCUUUCUACACCACUACCGACUCUGAAGGUGAAGUCGUUACCACUUCUACCACCUACCCAGUCACCUCAUCAGGUGUUCCAGCUCCAGUCACUACUGUUGUAUCCUCUAGUAGCUACACCGAAACCGACGUCAUCUCUUUCUACACCACUACCGACUCUGAAGGUGAAGUCGUUACCACUUCUACCACCUACCCAGUCACCUCUUCUGGUGUUCCAGCUCCAGUCACUACUGUUGUAUCCUCUGGUAGCCACACCGAAACCGACGUCAUCUCUUUCUACACCACUACCGACUCUGAAGGUGAAGUCGUUACCACUUCUACCACCUACCCAGUCACCUCUUCUGGUGUUCCAGCUCCAGUCACUACUGUUGUAUCCUCCGGUAGCCACACCGAAACCGAUGUCAUCUCUUUCUACACCACUACCGACUCUGAAGGUAAUGUUACCAAUGGUACCACCACCUACAUAGUCUCUCACACUAGUGAAGAAGAAGUCACCACUUUUACCUACACUUCCACCGAUUCUGAAGGUAAUGUUACCACUGGUACGACUACUUUGGAGGCGUCGGAAGUUUCCAGGUCGAGUGUCGUAGUUACGGAUAGUGUUUCUACAGUAACUGUAACUAUGUCUGAUGGUAAUGUGGUAACUUUGACGACUACUGUUCCAUGUUCUACUUCUGUAGGUUCAACUAGGCCAACAGAUAACACUGUUACUUACAUUACCACCACUGACUCUGCUGGUCACACAACUGUUAUAACCUCAUCUGCUGCUAGUGAAAAUGCUAAACCAACAGAUAACACUGUUACCCAUAUCACCACCACUGACUCUGCUGGUCACACAACUGUUAUAACCUCAUCUGCUGCUAGUGAAAAUGCUAAACCAACAGAUAACACUGUUACCCAUAUCACCACCACUGACUCUGCUGGUCACACAACUGUUAUAACCUCAUCUGCUGCUAGUGAAAAUGCUAAACCAACAGAUAACACUGUUACCCAUAUCACCACCACUGACUCUGCUGGUCACACAACUGUUAUAACCUCAUCUGCUGCUAGUGAAACUGCUAAACCAACAGAUAACACUGUUACUCACAUUACCACUACCGACUCUGCAGGUCAUACGACUGUUAUAACCUCAUCUGUUCCAACUUCUAAUACACAAAGUGUAACUACAUUGGUUCCACCAGGUAGCUCUAUGUCAACUGUAUCUUCAGAUUUGAAUACUUCUGUCACUGAUGAUGUCACAUCAUCUGGAUCUAACCCAUCUGCUACUGUAGGUAUCUCAUCUUCUUAUGAAGGUGCUGGUGUAUCAAAUAAGAUAAGCAAUUCAUUAUCCGGUUUGAUUGGUAUGAUUGUUUUGGCAAUUUUGGUUUAG